AUGUCUGCUCGCGGCGGUGCUGCAGACGGAGGCGACCAGAGCUCGGACGACGAGGCGCGGCAGAAGAGCCUCAUCGCCCCCUCGUGGCAAAGGGCGAGGAGCUGCGUGUGCAAGAAGCGGAGCGCGGCCAGGAGCAGACGCAGGAAGCGCCGAGGAAGGGCGAGCUCCCUGAGCAACGAGGAGCCUUCGUGGCUGUCCGUGCACUCCUCGCCGACGCGCGACGACGACGACUUGGUCUUCUCUAACACCCUCCGGAGCGACGACUCCGAGGAGGACCGACACCUGGGGGCCUCGCUGAGGUUGGGCGCCAGCGGGAGCGAGGACGGCUGGUCCGAGUACGGCAUCCACCUCGCGGACUUGCUCCGCUCGCUGCGCGUCCAGGACUGCCACCAGCAGGUCCCCAGGGCGCGGACGAGCUGCAGGCACUCCUCGGACGGCUCCGUGGUCAGCCACCCCUCGCCGCCCGCGUCCCCUUCGGCGCCCUCGGCCCUGCGCCCGCACCCGCACGACCUCACCAAGUACAAGACGGAGCUCUGUCGGUCCUUUCAGUAUAACGGCUUCUGCGGCUACGGCGAGUCGUGCCUGUACGCCCACGGCUCGCACGACCUCCGCACGUACCCGAAGCACCCGAUGUACCGCACCAAGCAGUGUUUCAGCUUCCACCAGAAGGGCUACUGCCUCUACGGCAGCCGGUGUCAGUUCCUGCAUGACCUUGAAUGA